AUGGCUUCACCACUCAACUCCAUACCCCAAGACUCGACCUUGCUCAACCUCCCAGCCGAGAUCCGCCUUCAGAUCUACUCAUACCUACUUCCAAACUCCUCAUCUUCACAUCUACUGUCCCAAUACUGCAGCCACAAUACCUGGAUCUCUCCGCCACUCUCCCACACUUGCUCUCUCCUACGCAACGAAACUCUACCUCUCCACUACAGCACCAACACAUUUACUUACGACCUACGCUCCCCCCUCGACGAUGGCGUUGGCUGUUUGACGAAAGCACUGUCAUGGCUACGACACAACCGAUGUGGCAAGCUCAAGCAACUGAACUUCAAGCAUGUCAACAAGGGCAUCCUUUCCGCGCAAGAAUUGCGCAAAUGGACAGAAGUCUUUAUCGAAUACACCGACAUUCUUCCCUCUUCCUCGGAAAUCUCCUUCUGCAAUCAAGGUCUACGAUACAGAAACUUUGCUGCUCAGGCGGCUGUGGCGUUGAAGUCUCUCGUCGUUUUCGCUGCCGGCGUAAACAAAUCCAUCAUUGGAUCUGGCGAGGAAAAGGAGUUGGAGGUUUGGAUUGCAGAGGAGUUGGAAAUGACGGAUGAGGGAAAGGCAGUGUUGAGAGGAGUGAGGGUGGCAGAGGAAUUCGUUAGGGGCUUUGGUGCUGCGGCUGGGGGAGAAGUGCAGGGAUUUAAUGUGUUGAGGUGGGCGUUGAUGAGUGGAGGCAUGAUUGAGGGGUUGAAGCAUGCUGGGUACACAUAA